AUGAUUUCAACAGGUUUGCGCGCGUACACCAAUGCCACCUUCACCAAUCUCCAUAAGCCAACAAUUGUUGCGGGGGAGACGGUGUAUAUGGGAAAUGGAGAUGUGCACUCCCGUAAUCAGGAACUUAGUGGUAUUGUACAAUGGUUAACACAUAUAAGGUCAGAAGAAAUUCACUACGAUACCCUUUCGAAACGCACGCCGGGAACCGGGGAGUGGUUUUUGUCUUCUACCCAAUUCAACAGCUGGGUAUCUGUACAAAGAAGUAUUCUGUUGUUGGACGGAAAGCCUGGAUCAGGAAAGACCGUGCUCGCAGCAAUUGUCAUUGAAUACCUCAUGGAAUUCGGCCUCUCAGAUGACAGAGGCUGUAAUGCUGUUCUAUUCCUGUACUGUCGACACAACGAAUCCUGGACUAUAUCAAAAUAUUUGGGGUCCCUAAUUGGCCAGAUGCUCACAAGGUACAGAGGCCUUCCAGUCGUUGCAGAGCAUGUCCAUAGAUUUUACGAUCUGCAUCAAACACGACAAAGCUAUCCUUCAACAACCGAGUUGGUCACAAUUCUCUCCAACAUAGUAUCAGCAUUCAAACAUGUUCGGGUUGUACUGGAUGGUUUGGACGAGUUGCCGGAUCGUGAUCAGAUUGAGCUCGUAUCUAUUCUCCGAGCUCUUCCCGCAUCAUUAUUGUUCACGUCACGAAUUAUUGGCUUCGAGGUUUUCGAUUUCCCACAGGACUUAGUGCACAUGACCAUCGGGGACCAAAAUCAUGAGGAUAUCCGUCUAUUUCUCCAUGAGACCAUACCAAAAGCGGCUAGUGUCGCUCGGAUAUUGCGAAGAAACGAGGGUUUUUUGGAGGAAAUAUGUAAUAAAAUAUUGAAUAUUUCGGGUGGAAUGUUCCUACUUGCGACGCUCAGGUCACAGUCAUUACAGGGGUACACCACCAUGACAAGUUUAUCAAACAGUCUAGACGGACUCCGCGACGAUGUACAAUCAAUGUAUAUCUCCUUGAUGGACAGGAUCAAUUCUCAAAAAGGGGAGUACCCGUCAUUUGCAAAACGGGCUAUUACUUGGAUCAUGUAUGCCCGCCGCCCAUUGACCAUUGCUGAGCUCGCACACGCACUUGCUAUUCGAGAGGGAGAGAAUUCAUUCAAUGAAAGAAACAUUCCUGCUGAAGAUAUGAUCACUGCUUCGUCUUGCGGAAUCAUUGAAAUCCAGCUAAGAUGUGGAACUGUUCGUCUUGUCCAUCAUACAGCGUACGAGUUUCUGAGUAAUUGGCCUGAGUAUCUCAUCAAAGCACCACACGCAUUUAUUGGAAACACAUGCAAUUCUUACCUCACUGCUUUCCGCUUCACCACACUGGAAAAGCUGACAUAUACUGCAUUCAAGGCCCUUGUAAAAUCUCAUGACGCUCCUUUACUCGAAUACGCAUAUCAGAAUUGGACAGCUCACAUUCGAGAGUGUGAGGGGGAAUCAUAUCCAACUGAAACAGUACACAACUUUGUCCUAAAAACUCCCAACUAUCCGUUGUUUGACUCUCGAAUUGGUUUCAGUUGGCUUGAUCCGAGCCAUGUUAUUGCAUACCAUGGACUACAGAUGCCGUUAUCCUGGGAUGGUUAUUGCAACUUGCGUACAACAAAGAAACACACGACUCUCACACUUGCUGCAUUGAAUGGCUGCAUCACAGUGGUCAAGACCCUUCUUGAAUGUAGUUGUAUUGAUGUCAAUGCGCAGACGAGCAACGGAGACACUGCACUUAUUCUCGCAUGCAAGGAAGGCCAUAAAACCAUUGUAAACAUGUUGCUUCUCCGCAAAGACACCAACCCCAAUUUAUGCAACAAACGGGGCCUCACAGCGUUGAUGUAUUCCUCAAUCCUUGGUCACAUCGAUAUUAUUUCGGACCUUCUUUCGAACAGAAAAAUCAAUACAAAUUUUCAGGAUGCCAGAGGGGCUACUGCCCUCAUGCACGCGUCACGUAUUGGUCAUCUUGGCGCCGUACGUGUCCUUCUUUCGUGCCUCGACGUCGACAUCAACGUCAAAGAUUUGAACGGGCGCACUGCCCUUCUAUAUGCCUGCCUAAAGGAUCGUACAGAUGUUGCUAGACUCUUGCUUCGGACUCCUGGAAUUGAGGUUAAUGCCCAGGAUGAAAAUGGACACACUGCACUGCUGCUUGCUGCCACAAAAAACUCUUUAGAAAUAUUUAAAGGGCUAUUAGGCAUUCCAGGACUCAAUCCAGACUUGAGAGAUAGAAAUGGGCUUACAGCACUGUCCGUCGCGGUGCUUCGUGGCCACAACAACAUUGUGCAAGCUUUUUUCCCAGUUUCUAACACCAAUCUUGACAUCUCAAACCAUAAGGUUACAAUGGCCCUUUUCCGUGCUGCUGUCAAAAGCCAUGUGCCAAUUGUUAAUAUUCUCCUGACAUCCGGGAGCAUCAAUCCCAACGUGUACAUAAGGGGGCCAGAUCGGUUGUACGAGUUCUUUCGUAUGCAAUUGCGAUACUCGGCAAGAAAACACAUUGAUCAUGCUGAAGGAAUGACACCGCUCAUGAUCGCUUCAUCUGCAGGUCAGACAGAUGUUGUAAAAUGUCUUUUAACCAUUCCCGGAAUUGAUGUCAAUCUGGGUAACCAGCCCAGUCACAUAUUGGUCUCGUAUACUAGUGGAAGCAAUGAUUACCCAAAUAUGGAUUCCUUCCUCGCUGGAUUAGACCUCAAACACACAUGUUUCGACUGUUGUGGAAUUACAGCGCUUAUGUUUGCAGCUGGUCAUGGUCGCGUUGACGUUUUGCACUGCCUUUUAACGGUCUCUGGAAUUGAUGUUAAUGGUCAAGAUUGCGAUGGACUGACAGCUCUUAUGUAUGCUUCGUGGAUGGGAUACCCUUGUUGCGUGGACACCCUUUUAGGUUCCUUGGAAGUUGACGUGAACAUCCAAGACAAGUGGGGAAAUACAGCUCUUACAUGGGCAUCAGCUCAUGGCCGUCUUGAUGUGGUGAAGCGCUUUUUGACUGUCCCAAAUAUCAAUGUCAAUAUACAGUGUACCAACGGAUGUACAGCUCUCAUAUAUGCUUCUGGAGAUGGUUAUUGCUCUACUGUGGACACCAUCCUUCGUUUUCCGGAGGUAGACGUAAAUAUCCAAGAUAACCUUGGAUUUACAGCACUGUCAUGGGCGUCUGGUAAUGGUCGUGUCGAGGUGGUUAAAACCCUGUUAUUGGUCCCCGGAAUAAAAGUCAAUCAACACUGUAUCAAUAGAAGGACGGCUCUUGUAUAUGCUUCACGUAGUGGUUACUACCAUAUUGUGGAUGCCAUCCUUUGUUUUACGGAGGUGGAUGUAAAUAUACAAGACGAACUUGGACUCACAGCGCUGUCAUGGGCCUCAGGAAAUGGUCACCUCGAGGUGGUUAAGCGCCUGUUAUCUGUCCCCGGUAUAAAGGUCAAUACGAAAGAUACCGAUGGAUUCACGGCUCUCAAAUAUGCUUCACAAGAUGGUUAUUGCUCUAUUGUGGAUGCCAUCCUUUCCUUUCCAGGGGUGAAUGUAAAUACCCAAGACAAAUUUGCAUUCACGGCGCUGACAUGGGCAUCAUACAACUGUCACUGUGAUGUUGUUACGCGGAUUUUGUCUGCGCCGGAAGUCGAUGCCAAUGCACAAGAUACCAAUGGAUGGACCGCUCUCAUGCAUGCUUCGAGUAAAGGAUAUUGCUCGAUUGUGGAUGCUAUCCUUCAUUUUUCGCAGGUAGAUGUCAAUGUUCAAGACAAUUAUGGGUUUACUGCCCUUACAUGGUCAUGUUGUAAUGGUCACGUUGAGACAGUGAAAAGACUCCUUGCAUUCACCGCCAUUGACAUCAAUUUGCGAGACCUCAAUGGUAAUACAGCACUCGGACUUGCACGAAAGAAAGGAUACCAAUCAAUUGUCGAUAUCCUCAUUUCCCGUCUGGAAGUCAUCGACGAGCGCACUGCGCUAGUCUUAUACCAACCCAUUUACAGAUCGCAGACUUUUGCUCAUACACAUUAUGGAUCUCCUAAACACACAAUGCGCCAUUAG